AUGUUUCCGGGUAAAGCUCCCUCCGUGGAGAAGCGGCUUCCGACGCCGGAGAAAGGAGGGCCACGUGGCACGUUUGCGGACAUGAUCGCGGCUCGGAAAGCAGAGAAAGGGGGGAGCGGCGGCGGAAGCGCAAUAUCCGAAAUGAUCGCCGCGCGGCAGCAGAGCGCGAAAGACGCGGAACCUUCGGGGGAGGAUCCCGAGGUCACAGCGGCAAAGGCGGCGGCGGAAGCGAACCGGCUGGCCAUUUUUAACUCUAUCCGGUUUUCGGGCCAGCCGAGUCCGGGCCAGUUAAAGCCCGAGGAACGCAACGGUAUCGACCGUAGCAGCAAUCUUGGCGGCGGCAUCGGCGAGUCGCGCAUGGCCGGGCCCGAGAAGCGAACCAGCUUAUCCUCGGUAGUGUCGAACGCGGAGGCGGAAGCCGCCGCCGCCGCUGCCGCUGCGGCUAUAGCCGCGGCAGGCACGCCGGGCGGACCCGGGGGAGGGUUUUCCAGGGACGGGCCGUCUCCGCCCGUGUCCAUCCGCCGUCCGCCGUCGCGCGGAGCUAUGAGCUUCGCAAGCAGUUCGGACGGGGAGCCGAGCGCGCAGGUGAUGCCGUGGGGGGGAAGCCCCGCGCCCCGCCUGGGGGGAGGAGCGGGGGCGGAGCGCGGGGGCGGGGGGUUUCCGGUCUCCGCGGAGAGCCCCGGGGGAAGGAGCGUGGCGAGCGAGAUGCUGACGUUGGAUAAUGAUGACGUGGCGGGUGGGGGCCCGGUGGUGGCGGCGCUACAGGCGGCGCACGCGCGGAGGAAGCAGAGUGACCGGAGCUACUUCCAAAAGGCCGAGGAGAUGUACUCUUUACAGGUGGCGGUGGCGCUGCGGCUGAUAGAGGACGCGGAGAUGGCGGAGGAGACGGAGAUGGCGCCCCCUCAGGCGAACCCCAACGACAUGCUCUGGGCCAGUCCGCUCAUGCCACGUAGCCAGGCUGAAGCCACAGCCUACCGCUUCUGGGUGAACGGGUGUCUGAGUUCUGAGGACCGUAUAGAGGACAGCUUUUACGACAUCUGGGGCAUGCAGCCCUACGAGGAUCGUAUCGAGGACGGGUUCUACGACAUUUGGGGCAUGCAGCCGUACGUCUACUCGCUCUGCGUGGACUCCUCCCACCGCGGCCGCAUGCCGCCGCUCGACUCCCUGCGCGCGCUGCACCCAAGCGAGGCGUCGUUUGAUGUGGCGCUGAUCAACCGCACCAUUGAUGCGGAGCUGAAGGACCUGGAGGAUGAAGCAGUUAACCUCGCUUAUGCUGCCACCGAGGUGCAGACACUCGCGCAGAAGCUGGGCGUGCUGGUGGCGCAUCAUAUGGGAGGCGCGGUGAACUCAGAGCCCAACGAGUUGAUCCCGCGGUUCAGGCAGCGCGGGUGGGAGAUCAAGAGCUACCUCAAGACCAUUGUGCUGCCCAUCGGCCAGCCAGCCAGCUGCCAAGGAGCACACCGAAGCCAUAAUAGCCACUGCGAAAGAGCAGGCGCGGUGAACUCAGAGCCCAACGAGUUGAUCCCGCGGUUCAGGCAGCGGGGGUGGGAGAUCAAGAGCUACCUCAAGACCAUCGUGCUGCCCAUCGGCCAGCUGCCCGUGGGGAUCUGCCGCCACCGCGCCCUGCUCUUCAAGGUGCUGGCAGACGCACUGGGCAUGCCAUGUCGUAUCCAGAAGAGGUGCAAGUUCUACGGCAUGGACGAUGGCGGGUGCAAGUUCUGUGCCAUGGACGAUGGCGCACAUGUGUUGGCGGACGCGCUGGGCAUGCCAUGUCGUAUCCAGAAGGGAUGCAAGUUCUGUGGGAUGGACGAUGGGGCCUCGUGCCUUGUGCUUGCCAGUGACGAGAGGGAGUAUGUGGUCGACUUGCUGCAGCACCCAGGCACGCUGCUCACAAUCGAGCCCUCGGCCGAGGAAUAUGUCGUGGAUCUGCUGCAGAGGCCAGGCACUCUCCUCACCAUCGAGCCCUCGGCAGAGUCAGCCACCAGCACCGCCACCAACGCCACUUACAUCGCCUCGCCCCUGCGCUGCCCGGAGAUCAAAUCUCUCGCGCUCACGGACCCUGCGGACGGCACGGUGCCGCAAUGGGUGCCGGACUUUAGAAGGCAGCAGCAGGAGCAGGAUGCGGAGGCGAUGGUGGGAUCAAGGCGAAUUUACGCGGGAGGGCCCAAGGACCCGCGGCACGUGGCUGCAUCGCCCAAGGGGGAGAGGCGGCGGAAGGAGCUCAAAGAGGUGGAGGAGGAGGAGGACAGCGAGGAGGAGGAGGAGGAGAAGAAGCCGCAGAAGAAGGCCGGGAAGAAGGGCGGCGGGGAGGAGGACGAGGGGAAGAAGAAGGUGAGUGGGUUGUUUUGGGUUGCCUGGAGUAAGAUAGACGCAUCAUGGAUGGCUGGGCUCAUGGACAUCGGGGCCAAGGCUGAGGCGCCAAAGCAGGAGGCAGCAGCAGAAGACGAGGCAACCAAUGCAGGGGCGAAAGCACCGAAGCAGGAGGCGGCACCCCCAGCAGACGACGAGGCGGCGGAUGCAGGAGUGGAAUUUAUGGAUGUGCUGAUGGAUGGGCGCAUCAUGGACAUUGGCGAGGCGGAGAUUGACUGGAACGACAUCGAGAUGGGGGAGAGGGUGGGCGCAGGUUCCUUCGGUACGGUGUACCGCGCCGAGUGGGCUGGCUGUGAUGUGGCAGUGAAGGUGCUUAUCAACCAGGACAUGCAGGAGGAGCAGUUGCUUGAGUUCAAACGAGAGGUGGUCAUCAUGCGUCGUCUGCGCCAUCCCAACAUAGUGCUCUUCAUGGGAGCGGUUACCAAGCCGCCCCACCUCUCCAUCCUCACAGAGUUCCUUAGCAGGGGAAGUCUGUUUCGUCUGCUGCAUCGGCCAGGGGCUAAGGAAACUUUGAAGGAGGACCGACGUAUUCGCAUGGCCAUGGAUAUUGCGCGAGGCAUCAACUAUCUGCACCAUUGCACGCCCAUGAUUGUGCAUCGUGAUCUCAAGACUCCCAACCUACUCGUGGACAAAAAUUUCACAGUCAAGGUCUGCGACUUUGGUCUAUCUCGCAAUAAGAACAGCACCUUCCUCUCCUCCAAAUCGGGCGCCGGAACGCCCGAGUGGAUGGCGCCUGAGGUGUUGCGAAACGAGCCGUCCAAUGAGAAGUCGGAUGUGUACAGCUUUGGAGUGAUCCUGUGGGAGUUGGUCACGCUGCUGCAGCCAUGGGACGGCAUGAACCCCAUGCAGGUGGUGGGAGCAGUGGGAUUCCAGAACCAACGCCUCACCGUCCCUCCUGACCUCGACCCGGCUCUCUCCACACUCAUCCUCGACUGCUGGCACAAUGACCCCAAGGACCGCCCCAAGUUUGAUGAUAUCAUGGUGCGGCUGAAGCCAAUCGCUCAAAAGGCAGCGGCCGGGAAGAAUGUGUGCGGCGGUGCUCCUGCUGGUUAA